AUGCCAGAGCACAGAAAGGCACGCCAGCCAUUCUGGCUCAGCAAAGCCGCCCUCGCUGUCUUCAUCCUUGUUUUCAUCACCUGCGCCGUCUCGCUCAUCGUCCUUAACACUAUCAUAACAUCCCGAAACGGUCUCUCACUUUCCAUCUCUUCGAGUUCCUACUCCUGGACCUACGGACCCACGGCAAUUCUUAUCGUUGUUUUAAGUUUCUGGAGACGCGUAGACUAUUACUACAAAUUGAGAGAGCCAUGGCGCGAGUUACUAGCCGGUCCAUCAUCAAGCGAGAAGUCUUUAUUGCUCAACUACAUCACGAGUUUCCAAGUUGUCAGCAUCACACAGGCGGUGAAGCGUCGUCAUUUUGCCGUCGCUGCAUCUAUCUUGGGCUUCUUCCUCAUCAAGCUUAUCAUUCUUAUUUCAACGACUCUUUUUGUCGUGAUGGAGACUGAUUCGCAGAGGUUUGAUAAUGUUACCAUGUACGAUGCCUUUGAUACUGCGGAAUUCUGGCUCUCUUAUUACAGUGGUGGCGUGAGUUUGCCAGAUGGUCGUCUCUUUCGCGGUGGUGAAUCGGACAAUUCUAUCUGGACAUACUUGAGCACUCUGAACAACGCGACGACAGAGAAGGACGAUUGGAAACUGCCGAAUGACCUGGUUACGCAAAGGUUUGGUCCUACAGCUGAUGCAUCCAACCUCACGCGUCUCGAACACGCUGUCGAUAUAUUCGUUCCUCAAAUCUCCUGUGAAGAUGCUACACUAUCAGCACUGGAUAGCAAGAAGAAAGACCAUGACACAGAAUGGCGGAAUUACACUUUUACCUCGGAAACAUGCGCCCACACUGGCAUCUUGGUCGAACCCUGCAAGGGCGUGAGAUAUGGUGAUCCAGCCAUUGAUAUAGACGCUUCCAACCCAUGCCAGGCACAACCUCAUGUUUACUCUUCAUUCCGAGUCAACUGUUCGAGCGGCGUCGAAGACCCUUAUACUCAAAGAGAGUGGCCCAAAGACAUGGAGCCAUUCGAUAUUCGAUACGCUAUCUCUGUUGCGGAUUUUAAAUCAACCGUCGAAAGGUCUGGAAAUGAAAGCCAAGUCACGGGAAUGAAACUAAUCAAGUCAUCGGCUCUUAUAUGCAAGAUUGGUUAUGGGAUUGCAACCGCCAACGCAACACUAGACGUAUUGACUGGCAAUGUAUCAUUCCCCGAAUCCGCUAUUGGUGGAGAGCUCAGGCUCUUGAGCAAUCUAUCAAGUAUUGCAUUGGCAGAAUUACUGUGGACAAACCUCGAACGCACGUCAGAGUCUCUUAUUGUGGACGAAAAAGUGCCUACCCUCAAACCACUAGUAAAAGGGACUGGCAGUGAACCAAGAGCGGCAGAUGUCCUAUUUCAGUUGAUGUAUGCCCAGCUUGGUCGCCCGAACAAUCUCGACGCAUUUUAUAAAACGAAUGUUCUCAAGAACACGACUAUCUCGGUAUUGGAGGGCAUAGCACGUGAGUUUGCGAGGGAUUCACUUCUUGUCCAAAACGUCAUCCGCAGCUCUGCGAAAGGGUGGGCGACUGAGAAUCGUCUACACAUGAGGCCUGUUGCGCUUUGGACUAUGGUGGCAUGUUUCUUCCUUUUGGUUAUCAUGUGUUUAUCACUAUUUGUCCUGGGGCCUGAGCGAUUUGAAUGGAUCCCUGCCAUGUCUGGCUCUUUAGCUGGCAGCGCAGCUAUACUUUCCAAAAGUCCUGACCUACAAACUAUUUUGACCGGCUCAAGUCACUUGACGACCGAGGAAUUGGAAAAGAAACUUGCUGGCGUUCGGUUCUCUGCUUCGAAGAAGAUCGAUGAGAAUCUUGAAAUUCAAACUGGAUCCAGCUCUGAAUCUACACGUCAAGUAUCCCGUACCACGAGCAAGGAGCAGGAGAAGAAACAUAUCUGGACACCAUUGUCAGCUCGCAUCGCUAUGAUUAUACCAACGUUUCUCACUCCUUUAAUCACAAUCGGUAUCCUCGAGCUUCUAUAUCACCUUGUCCGACGCGAAAGUCAUUUCGUUCGGAUCAAUGGAGACUCAACUACGCUAUCAUACAUCAUUCGUAUCUCAUCAACCCUGAUCAUCUUCGGCAUAGCAACAAUGAUUAAUAAUCUAGACUCUACUAUAGUUAUUUUUGCCCCAUUCUCAAAUCUCCGAUCCGGUAGUAGCAGACCUGAUCAGGGCAUUCUGUUCCAUCUUUUAUCAGUCAACCCUUUCCUCGUCAUGUUCAAAUCUCUUGAGCGCCGUCAAUUUGGGCCUGCAGCAUCGAAUGGUUCAACUCUGAUCGCGGGAUUCUUGACUAUUAUAGUCUCCGGUCUUUGGUUACCGGUCAACUCUUUCAUCGUUGAUCAUCCUUCCACCGCGGCUGUGAAUAAUUGGGAUCUCAGUUGGUUCUCUGAUCCUAUUACUGAUGGAGGUGCGGCUGUUGCUUUGAACCUGGUGCAUUACGGUGGUGCUAAAACACCCCCUGGAAUUUGGAAAACUAUGGUAGUCCCCGAAGUAACCGUAUCAGACAAACCCGACGGUACACGUAGUGGUGCCAAUUAUACCUACAGUGUUAUGGCCCUUGAGCCCGCCUUGAACUGUACAGUUAUUCCUCAAAGUGCCAUAUCAACUCGGAACUUUACCUACCAAGUCCAUGCUGGACGAGAAGACGAAUUCAACCAAGUCAAUGGCACAUUGGUGGCCGUUCGGCCCCCAGGGAUCGACCCUCGAUGUUCUGAUUCUUCCAUUGAUGGCUAUGCAAAUCUUACCUUUGGGAUUGAACUGGAGGCAUCUUAUCCACGCUCAAUCGGUAAGUACUUUGACCUUGUUCAAUCAGCUGCCGGUCAGGUCUCCACCGAUUGUCCAUCCGUUGGCAUACUCUUUGGCAUGGUUGCACCAUUUGUUGAAACAAAUCUCACUGCACUUGUUUGCUCUCAAACGAUAAAGCAAGUUCCAGUGAGAGUGACGUACAAUGGGAGUCCAUCCUUUAGGGGAAUCGAGGAUGUGCAGAGACAAGGUGACUAUAGAAUGGUGCAAAAUGAUGCCAAGGCGCAUACGCUAGGGUAUAAGAUCGAAGGGUUUUUAAAUGAGACUCUUUUACCUUUUUCUAGCUACCCAUCGUCAGAGACAGAUUAUGAUUCUUUCUUCAACCAUUUAAUUCUUCGACCUGGCCGCUACACACGCAGCGAACUAGAAGGUGCUGAGAACGAAUGGCUUUUCGUCCAGGCGGUGACGGAAGAGUACGACGAGUACCUCAGACACGUCAUACAUCACAAUAUCCGAGCCAAAGACCAGAGCUCUGCUAUCAAUAUUCUAAGCGCCACCAACGACAGCUCUACGGAAUCGUUUCAGUCGACGACAAUUGGGCUUUACUCAGCAGAGAUAACACAUCUCAUCAUCGACCCAACAUCAAAACUCAUUCUUCAAGUUCUUCUUGGUACUAUGACUAUUCUCAGUGCCAUAGGUUUUCUUCUCGUCAAGAUACGCGGAACCCUUCCUCGAGAUCCAUGUAGUAUUGGGAGUACUAUGGCUUUACUUACAAACUCACCGCUGUGUGACCCAGGAGCGGGGAUCCUUCCUGAGGAUGCGCAACAUUUGAGUGAGAGUCAGUUAUUGAAGGCAGUUAGUGGAUGGGUAUUUAGUGGGAAAUUGAUCUAA